CUGGGAAUAGACGAUACAACACGGGCGGUAGGCAGAGCAAGAGCCUGGGAGCUGGUGGCUUCUUGCGAAAGAUUGGGCAUCUGGUUCCACGGCGAGUUAUGGGGGACAGGACAACCAGAUGCGGAGGCAACGGAAAGAGCUUUGUGGUCUAUAGGACAUGAGGCAGACGGAGGGACGGAGGCGCUUGGGUGUGAGGUUGUCUGGCCCAUCGGAGUCGGGGACUGAAAUUUGCUAGUCCGUGACCUCACAUCACAGGGACAAAUCG